GAGGAUCUGGCAGCUAAGGUCAGGGGUGGCGCACAGACCCUCCCGCCCUCCUGGCAGUCGACAACCAACUGUCGACUUGUACGGACGUGUGGCGCGGUGGGGCUCGCUCAGCAGUUAGCGGCGGCAGUCGUGGUGCAGCAAGGUGUAGCGUGGCAAGGGGAAUCCUCUCAUCUUCUCACUGCCAUUGUAAUUGCCGGACAUUUUGUUACGCUGUCUUGUAACAAAGUUGACGGCUACCGAUUCAUGAAGUUGGUUUGCAUUCAGUAAACCCCAAGAGGAACUGUGUAUACAUUUACUGUUCAGUGCGACAAAGUGCAAAAGUAUCCCUGUUUGCCGGAACAAGAACAAGUGGCGACGGCGUGCCAUGCGAGGCGCGGGGCGCCUGGCGAGAGAGCAAGAUUGAGUGAUAGACAGACGUACCGAGCAGGCAGCUCAGCCAUGGCCGCCGUGUCUGCCUGGGGGCGCCUCCUGAUGCUGGGGCUGGUAGUGGUUUCCUCUGUGGCUUCAGAAGAGCUAUGGCUGGAGCAACCACCACGACCGCCAAGGGUGUACUCUGCCGCCCCAUCAGGUGUGGAGGUGACGGUGUUGAGGGCGGUGAGCUUCCUCCCUUACGCUGGCACCCACACCAAGGACCCGCGCUUCUCUCUCCACCGCUCCAACAAGACCGACCACCAGUACUUCACCAUAGAUGAGACCACCGGCGUGAUAAAGACGGCCAGGUACAUGAAUCGGGUGGUGGGGGAUGACUACUUCGUGAUCGUGAUGGUGCUGGAGUCAGGCUUGGCCAGUAAGAGGGAUCUGAAUAUCACUGUCACCCGCUAUAACCAGUUCGCCCCAAUCCUCGGCAUGCAGCACUACAGUGCGGAAGUGGCAGCGACAGCUGGGACAGGCACUCGUUUGCUGACUGUGACAGCCACUGACCAAGACUCAGUCGACUAUAACCGUGCCAUACACUUCUUCUUGGCUGACCCUUACAAGACGCCCUUCACCUUGAACCCCUUCCUUGAUCCACCAGCAUGGUCCCCGGUGCGAAUGGACCCCCUCACUGGGGACCUAAGAUUGGCACGAUCCCUGCACCUCACACCCUCACCUCUGCACCUGCUGGUAGGGGCUGUGGAUGGUGGCUCCCCGCAGCGGUACAGCCUGGCCAACCUCACCAUCUACAUCAGGGAUAUGCCAGCUCCUCGCUCAGUGGUCAUAACAAACAGCUCGGAGUCCAGCCUGACAGUGUGCUGGUCACCCCCUGCCCUGGGCACCCCUGAAGGCUACAUUCUCAGCUAUGUACCAGCAGACAGUUCAAGUAAUCCAGGUGAUGGCUUUCUCAAUCUGACAACUGAACAGCUCCAUCAAAAGUUGACUGGGUGGAAUAAUGACCAGGAGACACCAACGAGGGGUGACGGUCUGGUCAAGGUGUACCGCUACUGUGCGGUGGUUAGCGGUCUGCUCAGGUGGACAGAAUACACAGUGGGUGUGCGAGCUUGGGCAGGCCAGGAGCUGUCUGUUGCUGCCAUUCCCGUGAAAGCAACCACUACAAGUAACUGUGAGUAUAACCCCUGCAAUCACCUAGGACGGUGCCAAAAUCAUACAGAUGGCUCCUACACCUGUGACUGCCUGGAUGGUUUUUAUGGACUAAACUGCACCCUGCUGAACCCCUGUGCUGCUGUAGCCACCAACCCCUGCACCAAUGGCGGGUCAUGUGUCAGUGAGAGAAGUGCACAGUAUGAGUGUGCGUGUCCUGAGGGGUUCUAUGGAUUGCUGUGUGAGGAUCGUGAUCCCUGCCAUCCCAAGCCCUGUCUGCAUGGUGGAUCCUGCACCAACCUGACACAAACCACCUUCUUGUGUGUGUGUCCUGCUGGGUACACAGGAAAGAAAUGUGAAACGGAGGUCAAUGAAUGUGACCCAAGCCCAUGUAAGCGUGGUGAGUGCACCGAUCUGCUUAACGACUACCAUUGUCAGUGCCCAAGGGGCUGGGGAGGCAAGAAAUGUGAUGUGGAUUUAGACGAGUGUGCCUCCUCCCCCUGCUUCAAUGGAGCCACCUGUAUUGAUGGACAAAAUUCAUACGUGUGUGACUGUGCCCAUGGGUACAGUGGCAUCAGGUGUGGUAUUCCAGAAUCCUGCCCUGCCCAGACAACUCUUCAAAGUACUGGUGAGUUCCACUGGCCUGCCACUCACCAUGGGGAGAGUGUCACCAUAUCCUGCCCCUAUGGAGUUCUAAUAUCUGCCACUGAAGACAGAGGUACAACCAAGACCACACCAUUCCCUCAAAUGCCACCAACAUUGCCCACAAAUGAAGAUGAUGGUUUGGAGAAUGAAGCAGCUUUGUCCUCGACAGAGAAUCCACAAAUGUCAAAGAUGACAACUACAUUUGCUGAAUGGGAGGGUGGCAGUUUCCAGAUCAAGCGAAAAUCAAGAGAUGUUUAUCCUUCUCUUUCAACUCUGGUUGACGAGUAUGAGAUUUCGCAAAGCCUUCCUACGCAACGUAGUCUUGAAGAAAGAAGACGUCGCAUUCUGGCAUCUUUGUCUUUUUCUCGCAGGCAGUCUAGAAAAGAACAAGCCAGACGUGGUACAGAGAGGCAAGAUAGGCAGAGGUUGAAGUCUCAUUCUUCAAGAGAAAAUGAGAAGACACAAACAAACUCAAAGGUAGAAGAAGAGCAAGAUCAGAAUGUUAGAAAGCAAAUUGAGGGAGAGCAAGAAACCUAUAAGGAUCUGAAAAUUGGAACUGAUGUUCCAGAAAAUUUAACUCUUCGAACGGGAAUCAAGACAGACUUGAAAGACCAGAAAAAGAAAAAUGUCAGUGGAAUACAUGAAAAAUCUGAACACUUUCAUGUCAAAAGAAGUAAGUUAGAUGGGCAGGAAGAAAAUCUUGCAAAUAUUGACAUAUCACCAGCUAGUGUAAGAUAUCUUAGAAAGGCAAUUCGGUCCUGUAUACUUCUACCAAAUGGUAACGUUACAUGGAAGGAACCUGAUACCAGCAUGUGCCGGGAAGAAGCAAUGCAGAAGGCAGAAAGGGCUGCUGAGGAGGUGGCAAACCUAACAGCCUUCCCUUCAGCUGUUGACUCGGAGAUGUUCACUCGUGCUGCAGGCCAGUUGGCUAUGAUAGUCGAUCAUGCUGUUAAGGAUCCAGCUGUAGCGAGCAAAUUAGUAGAAUCCCUGAGCAACAUGAUGGAGGUGAAUGACUCGGUAGUAGCUGCUGUGGAUAAGAAAAGCAGUGUAACCAAGCAGAUUCUGAAGACAAUCAAUACCUUCACCCAGAAUGUUGCCUUAGAAGUUGGAAAGCAUGUUAAAUAUGGAUCACAGCAUCUGAUAGUUGAAGCAAGGCUACUGAACUCAUCAUUGGGAGAAAGCAUCAUGUUCUCUGCUAGCCAGGAAGGAAGUGACCCAUCACUAUCACACUCUAGUCAUGCACCCAACAGUGAUAUGAACUCAUCAGUACCUAGUCAGAAAUUGAGACCAUACAUAUCCUUACCACCUCAAGCUCUAGAGUUGGCUGGGACAAAGAAUGUGCGAUUAGAAUUUGUAUCUUUUGCAAAUGAUAAAUUCUUCCGGAGUCAACAAGCUUCAGGGCUACCAGUAAUUGCUGCCAAAAUUACCAAUACUGAAGUCAGCAAUCUGAGUCACCCAGUCUUGUACCACAUUCCUUUGGCAGCCUCUCACACUUCAGAACUUGUUCAUCCUGUAUGUGUGUUUUGGGAUGAAAAAGAGCAGGAAUGGUCAAGUGAUGGCCUCAACAUGGUGCAGAGUGAUGGGAAGAUGUUUUGCCAGGCCUCACACCUGACUGCAUUUUCAAUAUUACUGGACCCAGUGCCUGCACGCAAUGGCUCUCAUGCUAAAACUCUGUCUAUCAUCACAUAUAUUGGAUUAAUCAUAAGUACAGGAGCACUUAUAGCUACAGUUGCAACAUAUGCCUUAUUCAGAACUUUGAAUCGAGACCGCAGUGGUAAAAUUGUGAUGAACUUAUCCCUUGUCCUGCUGCUACUCAACAUUGUGUUCAUCAUUGCUGCCAAUCUCAAGCCUCCUUCAGUGGCCUGCAUGGCGCUAGCUGCAACACUUCAUUACCUGGUAGUGGCAGCCUUUGCUUGGAUGCUGGUGGAAGCAGCCAACAUGUACCAGCUCCUCAUUACAGUGUUUGCCUCUGCUGAAACUCAUUUUAUGGCCAAACGUGUUGUUACAGCUUGGGGAAUUCCUGUAGUUUUGGUGGUAAUAGCACUUGCUAUUGACAAGGAUGUGUAUGGAGAUCCUGCCCAUGGCCACUGUGUCAUUAAUCCCAUGUCCAAUCCAGCCGUCUAUUACUCCACCUACUUGGGUCCUAUAUGCCUUGUCCUGCUGGUGAACUGUGUGGUGUUUGUCUUAGUAACACGAGUUCUAUGUCAACGUCGGCCACGCUCAAACAGGCAUAGGACAACAUCUAGCACCCCAUCAAUGGAGCUACCCAUCACUCUGGCACAGGUUCGAGGAGCUGUGACAGUUGUGGCAUUGCUGGGAAUCACAUGGGUAGCUGGUGCAUUAAGUAUUGGUGGUGCCCGACUUACACUGCAAUAUCUUUUCUGCCUGACAACACCUCUGCAAGGAUUGAUUAUUUUCAUUGUGCGUGUGGCUCAAAAUGCAGAGGCUCGAGCAUCUUGGGUAGCGUUGCUCACCACACGAACUCUCCGUCGCCGGCCUGCUACCCAUACACCUUCUACCCACACUUCUGAUCACAGUCAUUCAACUUUGUCAACUACUAAUACAGCAAGGAAUAAUCAUUCAUCUACACACACAACCUCAACAAAAGUUUCACUCAGAACUUCUGCUAAAUCCAUUGCCAAUAACCAGAGAAAUGGCUCUAUUAAAUCCUUGAAAACUAAAAAUGGAACCAUAAGCAAUUAUUCUUCAAAAAAUGAGAAGGGUCAUGAAACUGAUUCAGUUAUGGGUACAAUCUUUGCACGGCUAUUCAUGCGUCUAAGCAACAGUCCCCAUACAAAUGGAAAUGAUAAUCCUUCAAACUCAAAAAAUAUUUCCAAGAUAAAGCCAGACUUAGCUUCAGUAACUCUUCCUGAACUAGAAUGUCCAAGUAGAUUAAACCAAGAACAAUCCUAUUUUUGUGAAGCCAUUCCAGAAAAGUCACAUCGCUCCAGCCACAAGAACAAAGCCAUGCAUCGUCCUCAAUCACUUGUGCUUCUACGCACAGACAGUCAUGGCAGUGUAAUGGCCACCCAAUCAUCCACUUUGUCAUCUCAGGAUUGUAUUAAUCCUCAGUUUCCUCUACUUUCUUCUAAUUUUCUGCCUGAGGAAUUGAUGGAAGUUGGAAUUCCCUCAUCAAUGGUACCAAGGAGAUCUCUUGGCUCCCUUAUGCUUACUGCAGGAAGCAAAGAGGGAGACGAUUCAUCGUGGCACUUUGUGAGGCCUCCACCUGAUGGCCACAGCAAUCCAGUUAGUGAAGGGGAGAGUGUUCUUGUGGAAACUAACCACAGUGCUGUAAGUACGAGUACAAAAGGGGAGGGAGAUUGUGAGAAACUCAGUUCUAAAACAAUGGAAGCUAGUGAAUCAAAAAGCCACAAUGGCUGCAUUGUUCUCUCUGGACAACGAGUUACAACAAAUAACUCUGCCAUAUCUGUAGGUGGAGGAAAGACUGUAGCUCCAAAUCUUACCAGAGCAAACAGUGAACUUCAUGUGAACUCAUCACUUAUCAAUCAUGCUGAUUUGCGACGUUCUGCUUCAGUGUACACAUUAGGAGAGUGGGAAGAUCCAAGAUCAUCAAUAGUUUAAUUGAUUUGUUACCUCAUGUUAAUUAAUUUUCACCCAAAGAGUUGGAACUUAAAGACAAUAAUGUGAAGUAAUGUUGCAUUGAAAAUGAACUAUUUGCAAUUAUGAUAUUUGCAUGUAUAACUGAUAUGAGUGAAUAUUAUCUAUAAACUAUUUAUUAUAUAUUUUAGGAAACUAUAAAGAUAUUGUACUAUCUUAGGUUUUUGCAACAUGUAAGGGUCAACGCUAGAAAACUUGAAUAAUUUGUGGUUAUACUGAGUGUGCUGUUUUUUGGCCUUAUGCUGCACUGUUUUGGUCAAGUAGUGGCCCUGUUUAGCUUCAUUCAGGAAGAUAUUUCACAGUUCCUUCUCUACUCCACACAGGUAAUGCUAACCUGAAGAACUCUUCAGCAUCCUAAGGCCUUAUUUCUAUGUAUAUAAUUAUAUAUAAAUAUAUUAUAUCUUAAUAAAAAAGUAAUUGCAAGAA